AUGGCCGACUCGGAGAUUGACAAUGAUUCUAUUUUCAACAUCAGUGAUGAUGACAACUCAGAUUUUGAGCCGGAGAAGCCAGUAGUGAAAACCAAGGCCAAGGCAGCUCCCAAGAAGGCUGCGGCGAAGCCGGCUGCGAAAAAGGCCGCCCCUGCGAAACCCAAGGCCAAGCCAGCAGCCAAGAAGAAGACCAAGGCUGACAGCGAAGAUGAAGCCUCCGAUGCCCCCAUGUUCAACGAUGACGUCGAUUCCAUUCUCUCUCAGACGCCCCCUAAAGCAAAAAAAGCCGCUGCUACCAAGCGCGCUGCUUCGAAGCCAUUGGCGGAUGUUGAAAAUGAAGCAUUUGGUGGUGACAGCGCCGCAGAAGCGCCCCAAGAGAAAGGAACCGCAUCAGAGAAGUACCAGAAGCUCACACAACUCGAACACAUUACGAAACGUCCAGACACAUACAUUGGCUCGGUUGAGCGGACAGUUCAGCAGAUGUGGGUUUACAAUUCCGAAUCGGAUUCAAUGGAGUUCCGCAAUGUUUCCUACGUGCCCGGUCUCUACAAGAUCUUCGACGAGAUUGUGGUCAACGCCGCCGACAACAAGCAGAACGACAAGAACAUGAACGAAAUUAGAGUGACGAUCAGCCGCGAGGCGGGCGAAAUCAGCGUUUGGAACAACGGACGUGGUAUUCCGAUUGAGAUUCACUCAAAAGAGGGUAUCUACGUGCCCGAGCUCAUUUUUGGUCACCUCUUGACCUCAUCCAACUAUGAUGAUGCGCAAGCCAAGGUGACUGGUGGUCGAAACGGUUUUGGUGCGAAGCUCUGCAACGUGUUCUCUACUGAAUUCACGCUCGAGACCCAAGACUCGCGCCAGAAGAAACGAUACAAACAGACCUGGACAGAGAACAUGUCGAAAAUGGGCAAAGCAAAAAUCACCGAGGCCAAGGGUGAAGACUUCACAAAGGUCACCUUCAAACCCGACUUUGUGAGAUUCGGUAUGGAAGGUAUCGAUGAUGACUUUGAGGCUCUCGUGAAGCGCCGCAUCUACGAUUUGGCAGGUACCACAGGUGUCGCAGUCAAAUUGAACGGCUCUCGAGUCCCCGUGCGAAACUUCCGCAAGUACAUGGAAAUGUAUACCAAGGCUAUCCGCAAAGAGCGUGGGGAAGAAGGCCCCGCCCCCAAAGACGAGAUCAUUACCUGCAGCCCAGACCCUCGUUGGGAAGUUGGUUUCACAGUCUCGGAUGGUGCCUUCCAGCAGGUCUCCUUUGUCAACUCGAUUGCGACAACUUCUGGCGGAACCCACGUCAACUAUAUUGCGGAUCAGAUUUGCAAUCGUCUCGCGGAGCAAGUGAAGAAGAAGAACAAGACCGGUGCCACUCUGAAGCCGGCCCAGAUCCGGAAUCAUAUCUUCAUCUUCGUCAAUGCUCUUAUCGUCAACCCGGCCUUCAAUUCUCAAACCAAGGAACAAUUGACCACAAAAGCCAGCCAAUUUGGCAGCAAGUGCGUCCUGGAGGAAGACUUCUACAAGAAGAUUCUGAAAACCGACGUCAUGAACAACAUUCUUCACUUUGCGGCCCAAAAAGCAGAUCAAAUUCUAAAGAAAGGUGACGUUGGCCGUCGCACGCGCAUGAACAACCCGAAACUGGUCGAGGCAAACAAGGCUGGUACUCGUGAAGGUCACCACUGUACUCUCAUUCUCACCGAGGGUGACUCUGCCAAGGGUCUGGCCAUGGCAGGACGAGCUGUCGUGGGCCCGGAUCUUUUCGGUGUUUUCCCCCUCCGAGGAAAGCUGCUGAAUGUUCGUGAUGCAUCCUUUGAUCAAAUCUCCAAGAACCAGGAAAUUCAAAACAUCAAAAACUUUAUUGGCCUGCAGCACAAGAAAGAGUACACCGACACCAAAGGUCUUCGAUACGGGCACCUCAUGAUCAUGACCGAUCAGGAUCACGACGGUAGCCAUAUCAAGGGACUGUUGAUCAACUUUCUCCAAGCGCAAUUCCCCAGUCUGCUAAAAAUUCCAGAGUUCCUCAUCGAGUUCAUCACACCUAUCAUCAAGGUCUGGAAGGGGGAUCCAAAGAACCCGACCAAGUCACGAUCGUUCUUCACCAUGCCCGAGUAUGAGGCCUGGAAAGAAGAGCACAAGGACGAGCGUGGAUGGGAACACAAGUACUACAAGGGUCUGGGAACUAGUUCUACUGAUGAUGCCCAAAUCUACUUCCGGGAUUUGGACCGUCAUUUGAAGGAAUUCCAUACUAUGCAGGAUGGCGAAGACGCCCUUAUCGAGCUUGCUUUCUCGAAGAAGAAGGCCGACGAGCGAAAAGAGUGGCUACGUCAGUUCAAGCCCGGCACCUAUCUUGACCAUUCCAUCGACAAGAUUUCAUAUACCGACUUUAUCAACAAAGAGUUGAUCUUGUUCAGUAUGGCUGAUAACCAGCGUUCCAUCCCUUCGGUGGUCGACGGCCUCAAGCCUGGCCAACGUAAAGUGCUCUACACUUGCUUCCGACGGAACUUGAAGAAGGACAUGAAGGUUGUCGAGCUGGCAGGUCUUGUCUCGGGAAUGACGGCCUAUCAGCACGGCGAUACCUCCCUCCAGCAAACCAUUGUUGGUCUUGCUCAGACUUUUGUUGGAUCAAACAACAUCAACACUCUCGAGCCCAGUGGAAACUUCGGUAGUCGACUUCAGGGCGGUGGCGAUUGCGCUUCCGCUCGUUAUAUCUACACUCGUCUGUCUCCAUUUGCUCGAAAGGUCUUUCAUCAAGCCGACGAGCCGCUGCUCACUUACAACGAAGAUGAUGGCAAGAAAAUUGAGCCCGAGACGUACAUGCCUGUGGUUCCUCUGAUCUUGAUCAACGGCGCUGAUGGUAUUGGUACCGGUUGGAGUUCUUCGAUUCCCAACUAUAACCCCGAAGACAUCGUGGCCAAUAUCUACCGCCUGAUGGACGGCCAGGAAAUUGUACCAAUGCAGCCCUGGUUCCGAGGCUUCACCGGUGAAGUUGUCAACAUUGGUGGAGAUCGGUACAAGUUCAGCGGAAUCAUCAAAGAGACCGGUGACAAGGAGGUCGAAAUCACUGAAUUGCCCAUUCGCACUUGGACUCAAGACUUCAAGGACAAACUGGAGGACAUUAUCAAGGCCGAGAAAGUUCCCUCUUUCAUCAAGGACUACAAGGAUUACAACACCCACAGCAAGGUGCACUUUGUUAUCCAGCUUGACGAGAAGAAUAUGAAGAUGGGCAGCGCCGAGAACUUGGAGGAAAAAUUCAAGCUCUCCAAGACAAUUGCGACCACCAACCUGGUGGCGUUCGAUGCCGAGGGCCGCAUCACGAAGUAUGCGACCGUGGAUGAUAUUCUCAAGGAGUUCUACGCUAUCCGCCUCAAGUACUACGAGCGGCGUAAGCAGCACCAGCUUUCUGAGCUACAAAAGGAGUUGGAGAAACUGAGCAACCAGGCUCGCUUCAUCAUGAUGAUUAUCGAGGGCACUCUCGUCAUUUCAAAGAAGAAGAAGUCCGUUCUUGUGCUUGAGUUAAAGGAAAAGGGCUUUAAGCCUAUCGCCAAGGUCGCCGAUGCGGCCAAGCUGGGCGAGGAUGAGCCUGCGAUGGAAGACACCGAAGAGAUCGAUGACAAGGAUGUCGAGGUGUUGUCCAGCUCAUACGACUACCUCCUUGGUAUGCCAAUGUGGUCACUCACCCAAGAACGUGUGGAGAGACUUCGUCGUCAGAUUGGCGAACGUGAGACGGAUAUCGACACGCUCAUCAAGUUGUCUAAGGAGGACAUUUGGAAGAGAGACCUCGAAGAAUUCAUUAAUGAGUGGCGUUUCCAACUCGAGGAUGAAGCACGUCGGGCAAAGAAGGUUCAAAACAUGGGUCGCCGAGCUUCCUCGAAGCUGAUGACUGGUGGCGCUCGCGGCGCUGCAGCGGCGCGCAAGCGCAAGGCUGCCGCUGGUGAUGACCCGGACGACGCAGACUUUGCGGCUCCAAAGCCGAAGAAGACGGCCGCCGCCAGAAAGAAGGAGCAGCCUGUCAAUAGCCUUGCGAACUUCCUGAACAAGACAACGGCGAAGGAACCGACACCAAAAGUGGAAAACCCCCGCGACACUGACGACGAUGACGAUUUCGAUGUGGAGGUGCUUCCCAAGAAACGGCGUGGCGCAGCAGCGCCCAUGAAGACGGGGAAGUCUGAGGACGACGAUAUUGAUCUCCAAGAGGUGCCAUCCAAUGAAUCGUCACAUGUAUCACUGCAGGCUUCCAGUGAUCCAAUGGAUCUCGAUGACCCGAAACCAGCUGUUACGGCGAAGCCGGUUGCGAAGCGUGGUCCCAAAGCCAAGCCGAAGGCUGUGAUUGACGACGACGAAGACGACGAUGACGCCUUCCUAGAAAUCGCGAAAUCAGCCGCCUCCAAACCAGCUGCUAAGACAGGCCGGGCUCGUAAGGCUGUCAGUUACAUUGCAGAUGAUGACUCUGACAGCAGCAAUGGGGACGACUUCCUGGGCGAUGUCAGUCAGAUGGUGAAGGGCAUCGGUGGCGAUGAAGCCAACGCCCGACCUUUAAUCUCUGAGCGCUCACGGGCCGGUAGCAGUGCCAGUCUGAUCGCGCCCAACAAGUCCAAGAUCAGCGAUUUUGACCCCGACGGAACUGACUACAGUAAGCUUCUUCCACAAAGCUCGCCGCGUCGUGCAAUCAAGGUCAAGCCCAAGGACAAGGACGUCUCAAGGAUUGAUGGGGAUGAGGACGAGGAAGAGGAAGAAGAUGCCCCUCCUAUCAAGACCGCCCCGAAAGCCAAGGCUGCACCGAAGGCAAAGGCUGCCCCCAAGACUGCUGCAGCUGCAGCUCCCAAACCUCGUGGUCGUCCUAAGAAGGAGCCAGCAAAGGCCGUUGCCUCCCCUGCGGCCAAAGCAUAUGCCGCCAAGGUUGCCAAAGGGACCAAGAAAACUGCUCCGGCCGACGACUUCUCCGAAGACGACAUAGAUGCCAUGGCUAACGACAUUUUGGACUCUCCUGCUGGCAAAUUUGACGUGUCGGACGAUGAGCCUGUCGCACCUCGACGAGCGGCCGCAAGCCGCCCGGCUCGUCGCACGGCUGCGGCGGCCAAGAAAACCUAUGUGAUCGAAGACGACAGUGAUGAAGAGGUAUCUGCCGAUGAUUUCGACGAUGAGAGUGAUUAG